AUGACAGAGGAGACUUUCGUUGGUGUUUCAUUUCCAGGUUUGGAGGAGCUGGAAAAUAAAGUUGGCCGGAAAGCACCGGAACGUCUUCUGCUUUGGAUGAGGGAUGCGGCGGACUCGCGCGGCGGGGGGUCGGAGGACCAAAACUCUGAUGUCAACGAUUGUUUUGUCGACAACCUGAAACAAGAGAUGACGCGGAUGCGCUGCGCAGAUGCGAGGAUUCUACGCCAGCUGGUCGCCGUGCACGAGGGUAUCGAGUCCACGCGCCGGUUGGCGUCGGAGCCGAGCACCUCGGCCGGCGGCCGUGACGUCAGCCGGACAGGAAGUCGAAGCAGCCCGGUGACGGCGGAGGAGCACGAGCGCUCGCUCUCUCCGUGCAGGGACAUUCCAAGAUUAACGUCCCCCGUGGAUUUGCCGAAAAUCUCCAGUCAAAGGAGCUGCGUCGAAGCUUCAAGCCGAGAGUCGCAAACUCAGGACCUCGAAGCGGGUGCCGAUCCAACGGAAGAGGUUCGGCCAGGCGCGAACCGACCAAACACGGAAGAGCGCGAGGAGACGGCUGCGCUUUUGUUCGAUUAUGACGCUCACUGGCGCUGGAUCGAGUCACGCGACGAUGUCACAUUUUUAUGAUCUGCAACUUCCAUGUAAAGC